AUGGAAAAGCAGCUUUUCGAUAAAGAUCGCACGGCUAUCGACUUGCGGAACGAGAUCGACACCCUGAAAGAGAAAAUGAAACGGAACGGAAGUAAGACGGACGAUCAAAUGACGGCCUACAAAGAAGAGAUUGAAAGAAACGUGAAGAGGAUGAAAGAGUUGGACGCUACGAUCGCGAAGAAGAUUCGAGAGGCGGCCGGUUUCGAAGACGAGAUCGCCGUCCUCAAAGAAGGGAAGGAACAAAAGACGAAAGACGAACUGCGACGGACGUCCCGCGAUCUGGCGGCCGCCAAGGAAGCCGAAAUCAGGCUGAAGUCGAACCAUGAAAAAAUCGAGAAUGAAAUUCUUCAGUGGAAGCAAUGGGUCGAAGAAUUGAAAAAGGCUCGAGACGAAUCUCACGAAUCCAACGCCAAGGAACUCGGAUCGGAGAGGGAGAAAUCGGACGCUGAAAUUAAACUUGCAACGGCGAAGGCGAGCCACUCGGACGAGAUUGAAAAUCUUCGAACGCAGAUAUUUUUCCUUAAAGAAAAGGAAUCGAAACUGAGAAGAGACACAGGUAAGUUGCAUGCGGCCCUAAAGGAACGGGAAGAGAAUUAUGUCGAUCGGAUAGCUAAACUGGAAUCCGAUAAGAUUUCGGAAGAGGCUCUUGACGAGUGCGCGUCCCUCUCGGAGAAACUGAAGCUCGCGACCGAUUAUGAACGUCGGUCGAAGGAGGACCUUGAUAGGUGGCAAGCCGAGAAGAGGUCGUGGCAAGUGACGGCUGAACGACGUUCGGCAGAUCUCGACAAGCUUCGCGACCUGCUGAAGACAUCCGAGAGAGAACGCGCCAAUCUUGAGUCCCAACUUUCGAACGUUGACAAGAAUGUAACGGAUUCGAAAGAAACGGAUUCGUUGAAGCGGGAGCUGGAAAGACAUCGACAGGAGAUCCGACAACUCGAACGACUUCUGAGCUACGAAAAGAGGGAGAAGUCGGGUGAAUCCAACGAUAGAAUGAUUUCGGAACUAAGUAAAGAACUCAAAACGGUCAUCGACGCACGCGAUAGACUGGUGAAAGAGAACACCAAAAUGGAAAAGAGGCUAUCGGAAUCGGAAAAAAGUCUGUCGAAUUUGUACGACGAAUCGAUGAAAAAGGUUGUCCACCUCGAAGAAUCGGUGUUUUCGAAGAACAAGGAAGCGGACGAAUUGAGAUCAGAUUUGACGAAAACGAAGAUGGAGAUGGACGAGAUGAAAAGACAACUCAACUUUGCCAAUAACAAAGUGGCGGAGGCGUAUUCCGAAGUGACUCGAAUCGUCGAGAACUCGGAAGACGGACGAUCCCACGAGGAAUGUCGAGAACUUCUCACACGACGCCUCGAUGAAGUGGAACGUUCGUUGGUAAAGGAAAGGAUGAAGGCGGCCGAUUGUGCGCAAAAGAACAAAGAAUUAAUGCGACAUAUAUCCUAUCUGACGAACGAAAUAGAAACAGUAAAUUACGGCCGAAGUGUCGAGCUAAGCAAAUUGCGCCGAUUACUGAACGAUUGCAGACACGAAGGGUCUCCACGACAACGUCGGGAACCUCCCGGUCGCCGUAACGUCGGUCCCAGCUACAACGUCGUCGAAGACGCAUGUUCCGGAAGUUCUGCGUGCGAAUCCGAAGAGGAAGUGGACGACGACGUUAGCGAAGACGUCCUCGUCGGCAACUCCGAAGAAAACAAAACCCCCGUCCCAUCCCGUUCGUCGUGGACUACCGACCGAGCUCCACCGCCUACGGAGGGUUGA